AAUCAUACCAUCUAGGGUGGACAUUUCACACCGGCUCCGGUAUGUCCAUAUGUAAGUACGAAUGUAGCGACUUCUUAUUCACUGUGAUAUAUUUUAAUUUAGUAUUACAUGGCUGAUUUCUCGGAACAUUACGCGUGAUAAAAUUGAUGAACGUUUAUGCCACAAUGUACCUUUAUAUGCUGCCAGUACUACACGUUGAACGUCCAAUGUCAUCUUUGACACAGUACUAGAGGCUGGGUGAUGGCGAGGCCUUCUUCUGCUCCAUACUGACCUCAGGUGAUAUUUUAAGGGAAGACAUAUACCAGAUAUGGAUCCCAGUGAUUUUGUUCCAGUGACGGACUCCGCCUAUCUCAUAAACUGUUCUACCUACAACGCCACCUCGGACGUAGUAACCUACGUCACAAUAACUUCAGACUGGAAAGCCAUCGUCAGUUUCAUCUCUAUCCUUAUUUCUGUGCCAUUCAUGUUGUUCAACAUUAAGUUCUUUCCGAUCGGACAGUCUGGUAUGCUCCUCAGCGCUGCCCUCUUGCAGGUAGCGGCAGGUAUAUUGCAGUGGUCGGACGUGUACACCAUUGCUAGGAAAGCGGCUCAUCUACGAACCAUCUUCAUGAUAUUGGGAACAACCAUGGUGAUAAGGUUCUUUGCCCGUGAACGAAUCCUAGCGGGUAUCUUUAAUGUGGUGUUGAAACGGUACGGUGACGUCAAGUUCUGGGGUUUCGUAUGGCGAGUCAGUGCGCUAACGGCUGUGUUAUCACCAGUGUUCACUGCUGAGGCUGCUUGUUUUGUUGCCACCCCAGCUGCACUCAAGUUCUGGAGACUUCACAGCCGAGACCCCAAUGAAGUCGAGACCAUUUUGCUUACCAUAAUUUCCUCCAGCACCAUAGGUAGUGUUGUCAGUAUUGUAGGCAAUUUGCAAAUGAUGAUAUUAGCAUCAUUCACGGAUUUUCCAAUAUUUGAGGGUUCAAGACUUGAUCUGCGUCGGUCACUUUUCUACCUGGGUCCUCCUGCGGUGACUGCCUUCUUUCUUAACCUUGCCGUCCUGCGCAUCCACCAUGUCCUUAUAAAAAACGACAAAACAUAUCAGAACCAAGACCUGUACAACGGCGACAGCAGCUUCGACUCUCAAGAUCCAAUAUCUGCAGCGACCUCCUUCGAGUUGAGUGGGAGAUCUAUCGCCAGAGACUUAGAAUCUUCCUUGACAGGUUCGGUGUUGACGUCCAAGUCUAUGGCUUGGCAUAAUAUUGUUUCAGAUUCAAACUUCGAACUUUCGAGGAACAGCAACGCAAGUCGCAAGCAGUCGGAUUCCGACAGAGAGGGGUGCUACACCUCAGAUUCGGAAAUAAGUUCUGUGUCACGCAACCGCAGCCAGCGAGGCAGUACAAGCGGGUACGACGCAGGGUCCUCGUGUAUGGAUCACACAGGUGAAAUGAAAGAUAUCCCGUGCAGGAACUACCGUUGUUUAGCCCCCAGUGACUGUCUGGCGUUUCAGGUCUUGAUGUGUGGCAUGUUCUGUGCAAUGAUGAUUUUAUUUUUGGUGUCUCACAAGCAGUUUCACGUUGACGUCGGUUUGCUACCAUUUGGUAUCUGUACCUGGCUCCUGCUACUCGACGCCGUUAUCAACCAGCGCAGCCCCAUCCCUAUGGUGCGAGCUAUGGACUGGGCCGUGUUUCCUACCCUCAUGGCCUACUUCAUCUGGAUGGGUGGCGUCAACAACAGCGGCCUGUCGCACUGGGUGUCAAAGAACAUUGGUCUAUCCAAUCCCGCCCUUGGUCAAGCCAAGGAUAUUGCUGUGUUAAUUCUAGUGAUUCUUUUCGGUUGCUAUUGCUUUACAAGUGUACCAUUCCUCUUGGUUGUGUUGGGUAACUUAAAACCGUGUACCAAACAACUCCCAUUCGUACUGUACGUGGCCUGGGCUGCCACUAUGACUAACAUGGUAACGCUUUAUGGCAACAGUACCAACAUGAUGGUGGUUAACAGAGGCAUCCAAGAUAUCGGUUAUCGUCUGACUUUUUGGAGGCUAUUUAAAUACGGUCUCCCCGCCUUAGUAGCUUCUGUGGCAUGCGGAGCGAUGGUAAUUUAUACAAUGCUACUAAUUCCGUGGACACCGUGAACUGAGUUUAGUGUUCUUUUUGUUCAUUCCUGUAAAUGCUUUUAUAUCAAAUCCAUUUACAUUGCGUAAACUCGGCGUCUACGAUCGUUGUCCACUGAUCAUUUGGGUACUUAAUAAACGAGUUAGUCUUUCAUUAAUUAAAUAAACU